AUGAAUAAAAUACCAAUCAAUUCAACCAUUAAAGAUGACUCGAUCAAGUACCUAUAAAUCAUACGAGAGAAGGAGGAAUCAAUUCAAGCACUUUAAACUAUAAAUGAUUAAUUGAGAUAAGAUUUAAUUCAACUUUAAACCCAACUUGCAGAAUCUUAAAACACUAAAAGUUAAAAACACUAGAAAUUGGAGGAAUCCAAUUAACAAUUAAAAGUGAUGUUAACAGAUACACAGAAUCUAGUAUUGCAAUAUCAAAGUGAUAUCGAUAUCCAUCAUCAAAUCAUAGAAUAAAUAAUCAAAUCCACUCAAAUCUAUAGAUUUAAUCAAAAAACAACCAUCCCUCAAAUUCUCAAUUUCUUAAAUCAAGAAAUCUUUAGUCAAGACAUUGUCAACCUCUGGAAUGAAUUAAAAUAAAUUCUAAAGUAAACCAUAAACUAGAUAAACUGCAAAGUCUCUUCUCCUUAAUUAAGAGAAAUAUUUACAAAAUACUAUAAGAAUUACGAAAAUCAAUACCAUCCACUCUCAACGAUGUCAAUUUUCGAAGAAAUCAUUUGCAUGCUAAAUGAAAAGGUGUCCCAAUAAAUUGAAACACAAGUAAUGAACUAUUCUGAUCAAUUCACCCAUUAAAUAAAUAAGAUCAAUUUAUUCGAAACUUCAAUAGUUCUAAUCAAUUUUGAGGAAGAUCAACUAAAAAAGAAAUUGAAAAAUUAACAAAACUAAAUUAUUUAAUUAAAAGGGGAAUUGGAAUAGUAGUCUAAAAUUAACAAAAAUUUUGAAGAGUAAAUCUAAACUUUUACAAUGAAAAGUUCUGAAAGGAAACCUUUCGUUGAAAUAUUAAGUGUAAAAGAUGUUAGUUCUUCUUCAGAAGACGACAAUGCUGAAAUUCUAAGAUUAAAUAGUGAAUUAGAAUAAAAAGAUACACUAAUUUAAAAGCUAAAACAAACGAUCACAAAUUAACAAUUAAUGAUAGAUAGAGUAAAUAUAGAGAAUUAAUAUUGGGAUUUAAUUAUUAAUUGUGAUGAGGAUAGUCUAUUCCCGUUAAUAAAUUAAGGAUGGACAUUAAAUUUUAAAUAAGAUUAUGGACUCUCAAAUUUUUAAGUAUUUUACUCCUUUCUUGGUUUUGAUAGUUCAUAUCUUUAAUUCAUUUUAGAGAACUUGUUUGUUAAUGACUUUUAUUUUUAAAAAUUAGCAGAUCAAACAUACUUAUAAUUAGCAAAUGAUUAACUAACCUAUUUAAAAUCUAUAUUUUGUAAUGAUUAUAAUACUCUUGUUUAAACUAAGGUGUUACAUUAAUUAGUUGAUAAUUUUUAUGAAACCAGUGAAUUGGUGGAGGGAUAACAAAUGUUAAAUGAAUUUUGGAUUAAGUUUUCUCUACGUAAUGGAAUAUUAUUUUUGUGUUUAAAGAAUUGUAAUCAACAAAACUUAACUUUGUUAUAGUUGGCUAUUAAUAUUCAAAAUUCGACCGAAUAGACAUCAGUGUUAAUUGUAAUUUUUGAAGAGGAAUACACAGAAUCUGAUGUUGUAAUGAAAAUAAUUUAAUAGAAUGAAUUUGUAGGAGUGGAAGAUGAGAUAGAUGAAAAAAAGUAGAAUAUUCGUAUUGCUAUGACAAGCGGGGAUAAUUAUGAUUUUAAAGAUUUAAAUAAGAAAAUUGGAAAACAAAAAAUAGAUUAUGUCUAAUAAUUAAAUGAUUUUAUCAAAAAUAAUUUGGAUGUCUAUUUUAAGAAAUCAGAGCAAUCUAAGUUGGAAUUCAACAAAUCAUUGUUAUCUGAGAAUGUUUUUGAAAUGAAAUUGGUAUAAAGUCAAGAGUCAGAUUAAAUUAAAAUGUAGACACAUAGUUAAGUGUAAGUGAUACAGAAUGAUGAAAUCAUGAUCCACAAAAUAUCAGAUAGUCAAUAUGAUAUAUUUUUCUCUGAAAAGUUGUAAGAGGUCAGAUUAAAAAGCUACUCAGUCAAUAAUUAAGGUUUGAUUAUAAAAUUAAAAUGCACUUUUGACAAUGAUAAUCUGACAACUCGGUAAUUCAUAUUAAAAUCCAUGUAUAUCAAAGAAGAUUAGGGAGAGAUAUCACACACUAUCUUUGACAAUAAAUUGAUUUUGUAAUUAUGA